CAAAAUUCGUUAUCAAAUUCAAAAACCGCAAUAAAUUUUUCAUCGAAAAUUUUUGAAAACACUUUUUCAAAAAUUUUUGUAUCAUUUUGAGGAAGAACCUAUACGUUACUGUUGGAGAUCACUUUGAAAUACAUUGCACAAGCCCUUCCUGCUACCGUGAAAGGUGAAAUUAGUCAUUUUGCAAAGAUCCUCUCAGAUUCGAACGGUCAUUGCUUUCAAACUCUCUCAAAUAGUUCACAAUUUUUCUAGCUUCUCUGCGGAUUCAACUCAUGAAGUAUGGCUAAUACCAACUCGGAAACACAAAUUGAAGGAACCGCGAGUAACCACUGUGCGACAAAAAUCAAGACGUCAAGAACGAGUAACCUUAAUUUCUCGUGGACAAUUGAAAAAUAUUCAGUUUUUAGCCAAAUCAAUUCAGCAGUCCUGAAAUCCGCCGAAUUUUCAGCUGUUGAUGAUGAUUUAAAGUGGUACUUGACUCAUUCGAUGCAGUGCAAUCUUUACAACGAGAUUGUGUCUGUUGAUGUGUCCUUGUAUCCUGUUAACGACGUUCUUGUAACUUACGUUCUGGUAUCUGGAAAUGCGAAAAUUUCUCUGAUAAAACCCGAGUGUGAAAUGAAAAGAUGUCUCGAAAAAGUUUUCAGUUACAACUUCAAAAAAAAGGAUGAAGAAACGUGUUGUUUUGAAUUGGACAAAAUCGAGGAAAUGGAGAAGUGGUUAUAUGAAGAUAAAUUAACGAUUCAUUGCCAAGUUAGCUACACGAGAUAUACUGACAUUGUUACUACUUCCACCUCGUUGGUCUCGACUCCGAUUAAAAUUUCCGAAUCUGAUCAUUCACUCGACUUUGAGAAGAUUCUCAACGAUGAAUAUUUCAGCGAUGUAACCAUUUCAGUCGGGGAUAAAAAUUACCCUGGUCAUAAGGCGAUUUUAUCCGCUCGCAGUCCAGUAUUCAACUCCAUGUUUAGAAAUGAUAUGCAGGAAAACAAUAAAAGUCGCAUCGUUAUCGCAGACAUCGAUCAGAAAACUUUUCAAGAAAUGAUGCGCUAUAUUUACACGGGAAAGGUGGAGAAUAUAGAAGAAUCGGCCUUCGAAUUAUUACCCUUUGCGGAUAAAUACGACCUGAAAGAGUUGAGGAUAAUGUGCGAAAACGUUUUGUGCCAGAAAUUAUCUACAGAUAACGUGGCUAGGAUUCUAAUACUGGCGGAUAUGCAUCAUGCUGAAGAUUUGAAAGCGCGUACUCUACGAUUCAUUAAAGUGAACCAUUCCAAAUGCAAGGACUUCAAGGAAACGGAAGUUUGGAAUGUUUUGACUACGUCUCGUCCUCAUUUGAUGAACGAUUUGAUGAAGAUUUUUUUCGAUGAGUAAGAUGCUUAAAUCCGUUGGAAGUGAUUGGGUGAAAAUUAGAAGUAUUCUUGAACUCAUCUCAUAUUUACCUACUCUUUAGUUAUUGUGUUUUUUUUUUCUGUUAUUUAAAGUGUAUUUUGGUAACUUUUUUUUCUCUUUUUCUGCAUACCUAUUUUUCUAAUGGCGAAACAUAAAAUAAAGUUUCCUUGUUCAUGUA